CACGUGACUGCACUCGCGCCAUGUUUCCAUCUCUACGUUUGCGAAGUUUUUUUGCAGGCUUGCGCAGGCAGCGGGGAAGGGAAAGGUAGCUUGCAACAGGAACAAAGUUAGGGAAGGGCUCGAUUAAAGCUGCAUCUGCACCCGUUUCCCCGUCUACAACGGCGAUACUUUAGAACCGGAACACAAUCCUGUCCGUGCCGUGGUGGAAGAAUUAAACAGCCACUGCGGAGAAAAAAAUAUUCUCUGACUUUUGAUUGAGAUUAUCCCUCGCAACACAUUUUUUGGGAGCGCGUUCAAGUGGAGACUGGGUGUGCGAAUCGGGGCUGAUGUUUGAAAAUGUCUUAAAGGCCGUGGCGAGGGGACAGCAAACGUGGAAAUAGCUCACUUUUCUCGCUGCUCCUCGCUGAUUUCUUCGAAACUUUGGGAGACUUGUGUUCAAACCCCAGGACUGUCAGUAAGGUGGUGUUACAGUCCGAGUGGAGCGUGAGAACACACACAGGGAAACAUGGCCGACGCAGCGUCGUCCAGGGAUACCGCCGAGGGAGUAGCCGACAACGAGUUCAGUGACAUCAUCAAAUGGAGAUCAGAUGAACACGACACUGUUCAAAAGAAAACCUUUACCAAAUGGAUAAAUGCUCAGUUCUCCAAGGGUGGGAAGUCUCCCAUAAAGGACCUCUUCACAGACCUGAGGGAUGGACGCAAGCUGCUGGACCUGCUGGAGGGACUCACGGGAAACAUUCUGACUAAAGAACGAGGCUCCACACGAGUGCACGCCCUCAACAUAAUAUCAACUCUGUCUGUCCUGCAUCAGAAUAAUGUGGAGCUGGUAAACAUUGGGGGAACAGACAUCGCUGACGGAAACCAUAAGCUCACACUCGGCCUCAUCUGGAGUAUCAUUCUGCACUGGCAGGUGAAGGAUGUCAUGAAAGAUGUGAUGUCAUCGCUCCAUCAGACCAAUAGCGAGAAGCUCCUGUUGAGCUGGGUGCGGAAUGUCACACGUGGCCACGGCGAUGUCAACGUUCUCAAUUUCACCACCAGCUGGGCCGAUGGUCUGGCCUUCAACGCAAUCAUGCACCGCUUCAGGCCCAAUGUGGUUAGCUGGGACAAAGUGCAGCGUAUGGCGCCGGUGGAGAGGUUGGACCAUGCUUUCAGCAUCGCUAAGGAGCAGCUGGCCAUUGAGAGACUGCUGGACCCAGAAGACGUGGCCGUGCAGCUCCCCGAUAAGAAGUCCAUCAUCAUGUACGUGACCUCACUCUUCGCCGUGCUCCCCAAAGACAUCACAAUGGAUGACAUCAGAGAGGUGGAGACGUUGCCGCGGAAGUUCCGCAUGGAGGCGGAGGAGGCCCAACCCCCUGCCAGUCCGCCGACGGUGUCCUCUGCGCAGGCAUUGCCUGACGAGCCGGAGGUGGCGGAGCUGGAGUGGUACCAGGUGACCCUGGAGGAGGUGCUGACGUGGCUGCUGUCUGCUGAGGACGCGCUGCAGGGCCAGGGGGACAUCUCUGAGGAGGUGGAGGAGGUGAAGGAGCAGUUCCACACACAUGAGGCAUUCAUGAUGGAGUUGACUGCACACCAGAGCAGCGUAGGAAGCGUCCUGCAGACGGGCAACCAGCUGAUCACCAACGGCAACCUGAGUGAGGAGGAGGAGGGGGAGAUCAGGGAGCAGAUGAGUCUCCUGAACACCCGCUGGGAACACCUGAGGGUCAACAGCAUGGAGCGACAGAGCAGGCUCCACGAAGUUCUGAUGGAUCUCCAACAGCAGCAGCUCCAGCAGCUUUCAGAUUGGCUGACACAGACAGAAGGGCGGAUCCGUAAGAUGGAGACUGAGCCAAUCGCCGCAGACCUGGACAGCUACCAUGCACAGAUAGAGCAACACAAACUGUUGCAGGUGGAUCUGGAGCAGGAGCAGGUGAAGGUGAACUCUCUGACGCACAUGGUGGUGGUGGUGGAUGAGAACAGUGGUGAAAGCGCCACCGCUGCCCUGGAGGAACAACUGCAGUCUCUGGGAGAGAGGUGGGCAGGUGUGUGUAGGUGGUGUGAGGAUCGUUGGCAGCAGCUUCAGGACAUCCUUCAGAUGUGGCAACAGUUCCUUAACGACCAGAGUGCCUUUUCUAGUUGGUUGUCAAAGAGGGAGUUGGCCCUGGAAGAUGUUCAGACCAGCGACUUCAAAGAUCCUGGAGAGGUCAACGCCAACCUGCGCAUAUUAGCUACCUUGAAGGAGGACGUGGCUCUGCAGCGUCCGGUUCUGGACCGGCUGAUGGGGGAUCGCCAAGACCUGGUCCAGCUGCUGCAGACCUCCACCGCACAGGUCCAGAUCGAGGCGGAUUCAGAGGAGUUCACCCAGAGGUGGGACAACCUGCUGCAAAGACUGGAGGACUGCUCUGAGCAGGUAACCGAGGCAGUCACUGUCCACGGGAUGGCUCCGAAGCAGGAGAGCGUCGUCAUGGAGGCGGUGACACUGCUAACGAGUCGAUCAGAACAGGAAGUGAGCGAUGACCCUGGCCCCGCCAAGAGACAGCAUCUGGAGACCGACACAGAAAUGACACAACUGUCGGAGUUGCUGACCCGGGUCAGAGACUGGCGGCAGGCUGCUGAGGCUCUCCAGACAGCAGACCCUGCAAACCUCCAGGACCAGCUGCAGCCUCUGGACGCAAGGCUGACGGAGCUCCGGGGGCAGGCUGCGGAGGCUGAGAAUAGAGUGGCUCAGCUAGAGCAAGAGGGUGUAUUGGUGCAGGACCUGCAGACAUGUUUGGGUUCCACGCGGUCCGAGCAGCAGGACUGCGCAGCUCUGCUGUCCGCCCUACGUGAGCGGGUUCUACGGUCCGAACGAAUCCGAGGGCUCUUGUCAGAGCUGCAGGUUCUAAACCAGGAGCUGGUGGAACCGGAGGAGUGGCUUAGGUCAACUAGCGCCAGUAGUUCUGACGAGAGUGACCUCAAAAGCCUUAAGGUCGCCUGUGAGGCCCGUGUGUCUGCGGGGUCUUUGCUUGCUCCGCGUGUGCAGCAACUCUCGGCCUCCAUCAAAGAGGAAAAGGACGUACCUGAUGACAUCACAGCCAACAUGGCCGAGUUGACAGCGUGCCAAGAGUCCACGCUACAGAGGCUGCGAGAGAGAGAGAAGGAGAUCAACACAGCGCUGGCCAGCCUAGAGCAGGAGCGAGCGCAGCCGGUGAUUGCCAUGGCGACAGAGAGUGUGAUGGGUUCGUCGGAGGUGUGCGUGGCGGGCGACAUGGAGGCCCGACUGGCGGAGCUCAAAGCCAAUGUCAGCGACGUCCCAACAGCUGAGGAGGCAGUGCACAAAGCACAGGCGUUGUGUCUGGAGCUGGAACAGAAUUGGCCGACAGGGGAAGGCUCAGAGAAAUGGAAGGAGCUAUCUAACAGAGCGCGUGACGAGCUGGGCAUGCUGCAGUGCGUUCUGGGAAGUAUGAAGGAAUCGCAGGUGCGAAGCGCAGAGGUGACCACAUGGCUGGAUGAGGCAGAGGAAGUGACGUCACAGGAUUCAGUUGGAGUGAGAAAGACUGAGAAGUUGAAGGAAGAAAUGGAGCAGUGCAAGGCAUGUGUGGGGCGUAUGGGUGCUGUGGAGGCCGCUCUGAAGCUGCUGGAGGAGAACACUGGCGCCGUGCAGAAGAGUGCAGUACCACAGCUGGCCAGCUGGGGGCAGAUCAGGCUGGAGGAGACACAGAGCAGGUGGAAAGCGCUCAGCAAACAGCUGCUGAGCCACCAGGAGAGUGUGUGUGAACGGCAGGAGAAAGUGCAGAACUUGCAGAAGGACCUGAGUGAGAUGAAGGAGUGGCUGCAACAGGUGGACGAGGAGUUCCUCAUGAGAGACUUUGAGUACAAGAGUCCAGAGGAGCUGGAGAACGCACUGGAGGAGAUGAAGAGGGCUGAAGAGGACGUGCUACAGAAGGAGGUGAGAGUGAAGAUCCUGAAGGACAGCAUUAACGUGCUGGUGUCUCAGAUGCCCCCUGCUGGAGAAGAGCUGUCAGCGCAGCUAGGCACCGUGCUCCACAACUACCAGAAGCUCUGCGACCGCUUCAAGAGCAAGUGCCACACACUCGAGGAGGUAUGGUCGUGCUGGAUGGAGUUACUACACUAUCUGGAGGUGGAGGAACAAUGGCUCAGUAACCUGCAGGAGAAGCUGCAGGCCUCUCAGAACCUACCAGAAAGUGCAGAGCCUGUCAACCAGGCACUGGAGGGUCUGGAGGGGGUAUUGCGCCACCCCUCUGAUAACCGGACUCAGAUCAGGGAGCUGGCUCAGACGCUCAUCGAUGGAGGCAUCCUGGACGAGCUCAUCAGCGAGAGACUCGAGAGCUUCAACACGCGCUACGACCAGCUCAACCAACAGGCGGUGAACCAGCAAAUGGCACUGGAGCAGCAGUUGUUGUCGUUGCGGGACAGUGAGAACACACUCCAGGUGCUACAGGACAAUCUCACACAGCUGGACCACACGCUGACGUCCUACCUGACCGACCGCGUCGAUGCCUUCCAGCUCCCCCAGGAGGCCCAGCGUAUCCAGGCAGAGAUCACGUCCCAUGAGGCCGCAGUGGAGGACCUGAAGAAGAGAAAUGUGGGUAAUGCGCCGCCCCCGACACCCGAAGGCAAGGCAAACCGAGGGGGCACCGUGCAGGACCAAUUGCAGAGGAAGCUCAGGGAGAUCUCCACUAAGUUCCAGCUGUUCCAGAAGCCGGCCAACUUUGAGCAGCGCAUGCUGGACUGCAAGCGGGUGCUAGAGGGUGCCAGAGAUGAACUGCACAUACUCGACCUAACCGACAUCACGCCAGAGCACAUCCACACACACCUUACCGGCUGUAUGAGGCUGUAUAAGGUGCUCAGUGAUGUGAAAAUGGAGGUGGAGACGGUAAUUAAGACAGGACGGCAGAUUGUGCAGAAGCAACAGACAGACAAUCCUAAGGGCAUGGACGAGCAGCUGACUGCUCUCAAACUGCUCUACAAUGACCUCGGAGCGCAGGUGACAGAGGGCAAGGCGGACCUGGAAAAGGCGUUGACCCUGUCUGAGCGCGUGCAGAACGAUAGCGCCGCCGUGCAGGACUGGCUGAGUAGCACAGAGGAGCAGCUACAGCAGAGACACAGCACUCACAUGCCCGCCGAAACACACACCCAGCAGGCCUGGGCUAACGGCAUCCUGUCGGAGUGUGAGCAGAAGAAGGAGGACCUGGGGCUUCUGGUGGAGAACAGCGCCGCUCUGCAGGCUCUGGUGGAGCAGGGCGAGUCUGCGCUCGAAGAGCGCCUCUUCCAGCUCAACGAGGCCUGGGCGCGCGUCCACAGCCUGGCCCAGGACUGGCUCUCUACACUGCAGGCCCAUCAGAGUGACAUGGAGGACUUUGAUGAGAAGCUGGCUCACAUCAGCACGUGGCUCUACCAGACUCAGAUCCGACUGGACGAGGCUGAGAGGCUGCCGCCCGGCCACAGGGAGAGAGAGGUGCAGUCGCUGUGCUCUGAGCUGGAGGGGAUGACCAUGCGUGUCGGGGGUGUUCGGGAGCGCGCUCUCCUGCUCAUCACGGCCCGCGGCCCCGCAUGCAGCGACACGGUCGAGCCCAAACUGACCGAACUGAGCCGCGACUUCAACAAGGUGGCCCAGCGCAUCAGAGCUGCACAGGUGUGUGUGGAUGAGGAGUGUGUGGAGGCAGCAGAACAGCUCCAGCAGUUUGAGUCGGAUCUGCAGGCUUGCAUCUGCACCCUACAGAGCCAAGAUACACACACACCAGAUGAAGAGAAAAUGGACGAACAGAAGGCUCGUGUGGAGGAGCUGUUGAGGAGAGGGGAGGAGGUACUCCAGCUGACCCCAGAGGAGGAUCGGAGACAACAGCUGAGAGGAAAACUACUCCUUUUACAGGAGGUGUGUAUGGACAAACCUGCUGCGAUGUCUGAGGACUCCUCCUCUCUCUCUCUUCCCGCGGCCGAAGCGAUGGAGGAGGAAGAGGAGAUGGUGCUGGCGGAUGAGGAAGAGGGCUCCUUUUCUCGCCUUUCGUCGCUCCCUCGCUCUCUCUCUCCGUCCUCCUACCUGCUGGACAUCAACAAGCUGCUCCUGGCCAUGACCGACACAGACCUCCUGCUCAACUCCAGCGAGCCCAGCACUGGCCUCUACGACAACUUCAGCCUGCAGGAGGACACUCUCCGGAGUGUGAAAGAGAAUCUGGAGCGCCUGGGCGAGCAGGUGGCCGUGAUCCACGAGCGUCAGCCGGACGUCAUCGCCGAGGCCAGCGCACAGGAAGUGAUGCACAUCUCAGACGCCCUGAGUCAGCUCAACGUCAGUUGGGACCGCCUCAACCGCGAGCACGCUCGCCGCAAGGGGUGUUUUGACCGUGCUGUGGAGGCAUGGCGACAGUUCCACUGUGACAUCACCGACCUCAGCCAAUGGCUGAGCCAUGCUGAGCAGCUACUGGAUGAAAGGGAGGGGCCAGAUGCUGCCCCUGAGCAGGUCAAAGGUCACCAAGAGGAGCUAGAGGAGGGAGUGGUCAGUCACCUGCCAGUCCUGGCCCAAUUAAACCUAACAGGAAAUGACAUCAUCGGUCAGCUGUCGUCAGCGGAAGGCCCACUGCUGGACGAGAAGCUGCAGCGCCUCAACCAGCGAUUCAGCCUUGUCCAGCAACGAGUCCCUCGUCAGCCACGGUUGCUGACUGAAGACUCCACUUUAUUGGAUGUCAUGGGUGGGCAAGGCGACAUGUCACCUUUGCGUGACAUUGUGGACUCCGUGCGGUUGUCGCAACGUGACAGUGAUGCAAGCCAGCCAAAACUCAAGGUGAGACGAGUGCCGUCGGAAGAGGUGGAGCCUAAAUUUGAUGACCAUUUCCAGGAACAAAUCAACAGGCUGCAUGGCUGGAUUCAGGAGACCAAUCAGAUGCUGAGCCUCAGAGGACCAGGCAGAGUGACGCCUAGUGAGGCAGAGGAGAUGAACUCCACCAUGAGGGAGAAGAAGAUGGAGCUGGAGGCCAUCCUGGCCUUCUCUAUCAAUCUGCAGAAGCAGCAGCAACUUCUUCCUCAGGAAAAGAGUAAAGUGGAAAGGUUGGCUGCAGACUGGAAAGCUCUGGAUCUUCAACUGAAAGAGACUCUACCCCCACCUGUGUCACUAUGGACACAACAGGUCACUCAGCAACCAGUGUACCCAGUGGUAGCGGUUCAGAUGGUGAGUGUUAUGAGCGAAGCGCCUCCUACACGCUCCUCCCACAGUCCCGAGCCGGUUGCCCCGGGCGACCUCAACCAGACGGCCACCGAGCUCGCCGAUUGGCUCCUGCUUAUCGACCAGAUGCUCAAGUCCAACAUCGUCACUGUGGGAGACACAGAGGAGAUACGCACCACCAUCUCUCGCCUGCAGGUCACCAAGGGGGAUAUGGAACACCGGCACCCACAACUUGAGAAGAUUUUCACACUGGCCCAAAACAUCAAGAACAAAACCUCCAACCUAGACGUCCGCACCUCCAUCACCGAGAAACUCGAGAGGGUCCGCAGCCAAUGGGACGGCACGCAACACAGCCUGGAGGCCCGUCUCCAGCAGCUGGAACACAUGGUCGCCCACAGCGACCAAUGGGAAGCCCAGCGGCAGGAGGUGAAGGCUCUGAUUGGCCAGAAUGAAGCCCGCCUCCACAGCCUCCAACAGCAGAGCAAGGAACCCUUGACCAAUCAGAUCAGCCACAGCAAGAUGUUCCUGCAGGACCUUAGCAAAGGGCAGGUUGCCGUGGCGAAUUUUAAUGAUCUCUCGCAUGUGCUGCUGAGAGAAUACGCGGCCGACGACACUCGCAGGGUCAAGGAGGUCGCCGACAAGCUCAGCGGUGCCUGGCAGUCCAUCAACAACAGAGCACGAGACACUCAUGGCAUUCUGGACGGUGAUCUGAAGGCUCUCCAGUCGUCGCUGCGGGAGAUGGAGGCAUGUCUUAAAUGGCUCCAGGAGGCGGAGACGACACUCAACGUUCUUAGCCACGCCUCUCAGAGGGAGGGACUUCUGCAAGACGCCCCCCGUGUGCGGGAGCUCAAGACUCAAUUGGAGGACAUCCAGGCGGAGAUCGAUGCCCAUAAUGAUAUAUUUAAGAGUGUGGACGGGGGGAAAGGCCGCAUGCUGCGGGCCCUGGGUGGCUCCGACGAAGCGGCCUUCCUCCAGCAGCGCCUGGACGACAUGAACCAGCGAUGGGGCGACCUCAAGGCCAAGAGCACCAACAUACGGGCUCAUCUAGAGGCCAGUACGGAGCGUGUGACGGGACUUCUGUCCCAGCUUGAGGAGCUGUGGGCGUGGCUUUGCCUGAAGGAGGAGGAGCUAAACAAGCAGAUGCCCAUUGGAGGAGACGUGCCUACCUUGCUACAACAGCAGAAACACUGCACGGGUCUGCGUGCGGAGCUCCAGGAUCAGGAGCCGGUGGUCGUGGGUGCGUUGGAACAGGCUAGAGCCUUCCUGGCUGACCAGCCCAUAGAGGGACCAGAGGAGCCACGCAAGACGCCUCAGCCCAAAACAGAGCCGACCCCGGAGGAGCGUGCGGCACGUCUGUCAGCGGUCGCCAAGCAGGCCAGGGAGGUGUGUGGCUGGGGGGCGUUACCCGGCGGCCCGACAGGCUGGCAGGGCCGCGUGGAGACGGUGCUGGAGCGCAUGCAGGAGCUGCAGAGCCGCAUGGACGCGCUGGAGCUGCGGCUGGCCCACGCAGAGGACUCCAGCACUACCUGGCAACCCGUCGGGGACCUGCUGAUAGACGCCCUGCAGGACCACAUACAGCACACCACGGUGUUCCGUGAGGAGCUGGUUCCUCUGCAACAGGAGGUGUACACUCUGAAUGACCUCAGCGCUCAACUCACACCCCUGGACGUUCAACUGUCCUCCACCACCACACACCAACUAGACCAGCUAAACACACGCUGUGCCCUGUUACAGGUUGCUGUGGAGGAGAGGUUAAAGUUGCUGCAGGAAGCUCACAGGGACUUUGGGCCUUCGUCCCAACACUUCCUCUCAACUUCUGUGCAGCAUCCGUGGCAGAGAGCCGUCUCACCGAAUAAAGUUCCUUAUUACAUUAAUCACCAGACGCAAUCCACCUGUUGGGACCACCCCAAGAUGACAGAGCUCUAUCACUCACUCGCGGACCUGAAUACCGUCAGAUUCUCUGCUUAUAGAACUGCCAUGAAGAUCCGACGACUGCAGAAAGCCCUUUGCCUGGACCUAUUGGACUUGUCCGUGGCCCAGACGGCAUUCCAGCAGCAGAGGGGUGUGUCUGGCCCCAACGUUCUGACGGUCCCUGAGGUCAUCAACACACUCACCUGCAUCUACGACGGCUUGGAGCAGGACCACAAGGACCUGGUCAACGUGCCGCUGUGUGUGGACAUGUGUCUGAACUGGCUCCUCAAUGUCUACGACACGGGUCGAACGGGGAAGAUCAGAGCUCUCUCCAUGAGGAUCGGUCUGCUGUGCCUCUCCAAAGGACACCUAGAGGAGAAAUAUAAAUUCCUGUUCAGCCAGGUGUGUUCGUCGGGAGGAGUGUGUGACCAGAGGCAGCUGGGGGUGCUGCUGCACGAGGCUAUCCAGGUCCCUCGGCAGCUGGGGGAGGUGGCCGCCUUCGGGGGCAGCAACAUCGAGCCCAGCGUCAGGAGCUGCUUCCAGCACGUGACCAAUAAGGUGGCAGUGGAGCCGAGGCAGUUUGUUGAUUGGAUGAGACUGGAGCCGCAGUCCAUGGUGUGGCUGCCGGUGCUACACCGGGUUGCCGCCGCCGAAACGGCCAAACACCAGGCCAAGUGCAACAUCUGCAAAGAGUGCCCCAUCAUCGGCUUCAGGUAUCGCAGUCUGAAACACUUCAACUAUGACGUGUGUCAGAGCUGUUUCUUCUCAGGCCGAACUGCCAAGGGCCACAAGCUCAACUACCCCAUGGUGGAGUACUGUACGCCGACCACGUCUGGAGAGGACAUGCGUGAUUUCACUAAAGUGCUGAAGAACAAGUUCCGCUCCAAGAAGUACUUCGCAAAGCACCCGCGACUGGGCUAUCUGCCUGUACAAACCAUCCUGGAGGGAGACAACCUGGAGACUCCCGUCACCCUCCUCAGCAUGUGUCCAGAGCAGUAUGAACUGUCCCCGUCUCCAGAACUGUCUCAUGAUGAUACACACUCAAGAAUUGAGCAGUUCGCCAACAGGUUGGCUCAGAUGGAACGCUCCAAUGGUUCCCUCCCCACGGACAGCAGUUCUGCCACAGGAAGCAUGGAUGAGGAACAUGCUCUGAUCCUGCAGUACUGUCAGACGUUGGGAGGGGAGGGGCUCUCCUGCAGCCAGCCCUGUAGUCCCGCCCAGUCCCUUGUAAGCCCCGCCUCCGCACUGCAGAGCCCCGCCCAGAUCCUGCAGGCCGUGGAGAGGGCCGAGAGAGGCGAGCUGCAGAGGGUCAUCUCACGCUUGGAGGAGGAGCAGAGAGUUCUGCAGCGCGAGUAUGAGGACCUCCAGUUAGAACAGCAGCGGGCCCCGGCCGGUUCCGCCUGGUCCCCUGAGGGGCCCGGGAGCGGUGGUUCCGGUUCCGGAUCUAUUUCCAGUUCCGGCCCCGGGGGCGAGUCGGACCUGCUGGCCGAGGCUCGGUUGCUGCGGCAACACAAGGGUCGACUUGAGGCGCGUAUGACCAUCCUGGAGGAGCACAACAAACAGCUGGAGUCCCAACUCCACCGACUCAGACAGCUGCUGCAUCAGCCUGACUCCAGGGUUAAUGGGGUCUCCCCUUCUGGUUCUCUCCCGCAGGAGCUGGGGUCACUACCCGAACACACAGAUUCCAGCUCAGACCUGGCAGACGUAUUGGAGCAGAUAAAUAACAACUUUCCGGCAUGCGCAUCAAGUAUGUCAGCACGACCUCAGGUCAUGUAAGGAGCACCUGAGGGCUAAUCAAACCUCUACUGUCUACCGAAACUCGUGUGAUGUCACCGCCACCACUUUUCCUAACCGAUUGACCAAUCAGAGGAGGGAGAGAUCGGUUUGACCAAUCAGCUGCGAGGGAGAGAUCGGACCCAAAGACUUUAAAGGACCCUCUCUGGACCGGACCACACACACACACACAACACCGACUGAAAAACUCUAACGAGACGUUAAGACUUAACACAACUGCACGCUGAACAAAAAAACAAGAAAAACAAUUCCCCUCUUGUGUGUUCUAUGCAACUGUACGUGUGAGAGCGUGUGUGUGUGUGUGUGUGUCUGUGUGUGUGUGUGUCUGUGUGUGUGUGUGUGUGUGUGUGAAAGCGUGUGUGUGUGUUUGUGAUGUAGGGGGUUGGUUGUAGUAGGAGUUUGGGCUUUGUACUGUACUCCUUGAGUGUGAAUGUCAUUUCUAUUUUUAUUUCAUUUUUUAAUCUGGGCACACACCACACACACACAGAUGCCCACAACACACCCUCAUAGAAAGCAAGUUUUUGAAGAUCAGUUGUGUGGCAUGCACAUAGAGAAGGCAGCUUUCCACAUUUGCCAUUGUGUGCGUGGAAAAGCAAGUGUGUGUGUGUGUGUGUGUGUGUGUGUGUGUUGGACGCGCACGCACGCACACGUUUGUGUGUGCUUCAGACAUGUGUGCCCUUAAAUGUUGUGGUGUCUUAUCAGUAAUCACGCAUGAAAGGAUCUCACACCCCUUCUUUUUACACACACACAUGCACACACACACACACACACACAUUCACACAAAUACACCCAUCUACACACACACACACACACACACACACACACACACACACAUUCUCUCUUUUACUGAGUUUAAAUCCACCUGUGCCUGAGCAGCUUGUGUUGGUGAAGAUAAUCAAAAGAGACCCACAGUCUAUUUUAAAAGCAUCCUGUAUAUUUAUCAGCAAAGCUAUCCUAGAGUCCACAUGUUGUCAAGUCCAGGUCGACUCGUUUGUGUGUAUGUGUGUACCGUACCUGUGUGUGUGUGUGUGUGUGUAUAUAUAUAUAU